UGUCUAAAGCUAGUAUAAAACCCCAAAAAACAAAUGAAAGGAAGAAAUUAAAAAAAGAAAGAAAAUAAAAAAGUGUUAGAAAAAUCUGCAAAGUGGUUGACACUUUCUAUAAAUUACCUACUUACUAGUGAUAAAUUGGUACUGAAAGACCCUUCAUAUAUCCCAUUAGAACAAGGCACAUUACACAUCCAAAGAAAAGAAAAUACAAAAAAAUGGUUUGCCCCUCUCAUCCAAAAACUUCCCUGAAAUCAUCAUCUACUAGCUUAAAUUCUAUGAAGCUGAAGAGCCUAGUACAAUCCUUCAUAUUCUCCCAUGUAUACCGAGCUAUAGCGAAAGCGAAAUCAUUAUUAAUUCAAAUUAUGAAGAAUGUUCAGUUAGUUCAUCAGAACAAGAAGAAGAAUAAUGUGAAGUUGUUUCUUGGUUCAUUUAGAUUGCAUUAUAAUUGGUGUUCUUCUCAUGUGAUGCCAGUGCCUGUUCCAACUGCAUUUGAUGUUUAUUAUGAUUCUACAUGGAAUUCUAUUAUAUCUACUGCUUGUGAUGAGUCAGAACUCUCUGGCUAUCUUCAAUGGCUUGAAGACAAGGACAAUAGUAAUAAUGAUAUUGAUAAGCUUGCUGAUAUGUUCAUUGCAAAUUCUCAUGAAAGGUUUAGGUUGGAGAAAGUUGAAUCUUAUAGGAGAUUUCAAGAAAUGUUGGCUAGAAGUGUAUGAUCCAAUAUUAUUUUAGUGGUUGGUGUUGUAUGUUUUGAUAAUUUUCUCAUAUUUUGGAAGGUGCAUGGACUUCUUUUUAUUUUUUUUAUUUUAAAAUUUAGAGAGGUAGGUCUUGUGGGAUUAUAUAACCAUAGAAUAUGGAGUAAAGAGAAGGAAAAUCUCUUGGCUAGAUGGGGGUAUGGAGAAUUGUGCAAUUCUUCUCAUUGACAUAUGUUAAUACCUUUGAGAUCUGAAAUUUAUUACAAUCCUUCUACUAUAUCAACAAUUUCAAUCAAUUUCUAUUUGAGAGGUUUCCUUGUUUCCUUAUAUCGUUGAAAUAAUUAUAAAGAU